AUGGAAAAAUUCAAUCCUGAAGCAUUGCUGGCGUUGGAAGGUUCCUUCCUCAAGGUUCCCAUGGAACAAUUGAAGCGCUCAAUGAAGCCUCACAAGGAUUUAGACAGGGAGUUAGCCAAGGCUUCGUCAAUCGUUAAAGAUCUUUGCCAGCAGGCAAACAAGGGAGAAAUCGACGUUAAAUUGGCUUGUGAGAACCUCGAGGCAAUUGGCAAAAAACUGGAAGGCCUGAAACGCAAGCUUAAUGAAGCGAAUGAGGAAGAAAAGAAGCAUAUCUCAAGGGGUAGAAAGAGGCUUGACCAUCUCGUAGAAUUAACACAGAUUAGACACAUUGGUGACCCGGAAUACAAAAAGUGGAACGAAAAGCGAAUCGACAGAAUACUUGCUGAUUACAUGUUAAGAGAAGGUUUCAGUAAUACGGCCGAAUUAUUGGCUUCAGAGUCAGAAAUUGGAGCUCUUUCCGACAUUGAAUUAUUCACGCAAGCACGUGCCAUUGAACAAGCUUUGCGAGGAAACAAUUUACAGGGACACAAACUAGGCGCAAAUAGUUGCACCGAAGCCUUAAAAUGGUGUAAUGAGAAUAGGUCAAACUUGCGCAAAAUUAAUAGCACGCUGGAAUUUAAUCUACGCGUUCAAGAAUUCAUUGAACUAUGUCGAGCCGAUAAAAAGGAGGAGGCGAUUGAAUACUCCAGAAAGCAUUUUAAAACAUAUUUAGACAAUAGCAAAAAGGAUUCUCAGCAAGGGUCCGUCAGGAGAAACGAUUCUCAUAAAGUGAAACCUCGAAACGAUCCCCUUUUUUCACAAUUCCUUCGGAUGAUGGGAAUAUUGGCCUUUCCACCUAAUACCAAAUGCCGGAAUUACAAGGCGUUGUAUGAUCAUUCGCGUUGGGAGUUGCUGAUUGUAAAAUUCCGAUCCGACUUUUAUGCUCUGAAUUCACUUCCAUCUCAACCUCUGUUGAACGUCACCCUUCAGGCGGGACUCUCGGCGCUAAAAACACCAAUGUGUUACCAACCGGAUAAUCAGAACAUCAAUUGUCCCGUGUGCUCAUCGGACACUCUCGGAAUUUUGGCUCAAGAUCUACCGAUGAGUCAUCAUGUGAAUUCAACUAUCGUGUGUCGUAUUAGUGGUAAAAUUAUGAACGAAAAUAACCCUCCUAUGGCUUUGCCCAACGGCUAUGUUUAUUCGUACGAUGCAUUGCAGGAGAUGGAUUCAAAAAUUGGAAAAAUCGUAUGCCCUCGUACCAAUGAACCAUUUCAAUUUUCACAAUUGAAGAAGUCAAAUUGGUUCACUGAACCAAUGAGCCGCGAACACCUUAAACAAUGCAAUAAUAUCAUUAGGGAAUUAAAGCACCAUUCUAAUGCAGCACCAUUUCUUGAACCAGUGGACCCAGUAAAAUAUGGAAUCCCCGAUUAUUUUGACAUAAUUAAGAAGCCAAUGGAUCUUGGCACGGUUGACACCAAACUCAAUAAUGUUGAAUAUGGGAACGUUGAUGCAUUUAUAGCCGAUGUUCGAUUAAUUUUUUCAAAUUGUAUCCUAUACAACGGCCCGGCGCAUCAAUAUUCAAUUUUUGCAAAGGAGCUGGAUAAUGUGUUUACGAAUCUUGUCAAUCUACUUGGUUCGAAGGAAGAGGUUCUGCCGAAGCCUGUUGCGGAAUCCUCCAGCAAAGCUUCCAAGACUUGUAAACCAGUCGCAGAGACUUCAACACCGACGACCACGAUACCAACGUCAACGACGACAGUGGUUGCAACAACGAAGGCUUCCUCCGAGGCCAAACGCCCUAAACGAACGAUUAAAGCGCCAGCCAAAGAUCUUCCAGAUGCGCCGGCUAUGCGUCGUAAAAAAAGUAAAAAGAACAUUGAACUUAAUUUUUGUCGGCAGGUUCUUCGCGAGCUGCGAAAAAGGACACACUGGCAUUAUGCCUAUCCAUUCUAUGAACCUGUCGACGCGGAAAAAUUGGGUGUACCUGAUUAUUAUAAGAUUAUUUCACAUCCCAUGGAUUUAUCUACAAUUAAUUCAAAGUUGGAAAAUGAUCAGUAUACGGGCGCGGAAGAAUUUGAGGCCGAUAUUCGUCUGAUGUUCCAGAAUUGUUAUACCUAUAAUGGUGUUGGUAGCGAGGUGCAUAACAUGGGUAAGAUGUUGGAAGAUGUCUUUAAUAAAAAAUGGGCGGAGAAGCCUACAUCUCAGACUCGUCAGACGACUAAGGUCGAUGAUAUGAAAGAUUCUGAAAGUGAAUCGGAGGUGGACGAAACAUUGCAGAAACACUUGGCCGCGUUGUCAAGCCAAAUCUCACAAAUGAGAAGGCCAUCGAAGGCGAAGACGAAGAAGGCCGCAAAAAUUUCAAAGGCCAGUUCAAGCAAGAUCAUCGAGACCAAGACGAAUGAAGGCGAAAAGAAAUCGUUAAAACGUCCCAGGGCUGCUAUUAAAUAUGAUGACGAUGAACCUCUGACAGCAGAUCAAAAAUCAGACCUUAGUCAAAAGAUUGAUCUACUUUCUACAGAAAAGAUGAAUGAGCUCAUUAAUCUUAUUGAAUCAAGUGGCGCUCCAAUGGAGAGAGGAAAUGGGGGCUAUGAGCUUGAAAUAGAAUCACUCGAUUAUAAGACAGCCAGGAUGAUGUAUGAAUUUGUUCUGAAACACACAUCGUCCAAUCAAAUCAAAGAGAAAAAGAAGUCUCCUUCAAAAAGAUCUCGUUCGAAUGCUAACGAGGAAGAAAAUGAAAAAAAAAUCCAGGCACUGGAAAGAACGCUGGCGAAAUUUGAUCAUAAAUCACCAACACUCUCUGCUCAAGUCAAUGGAGGUCAUUAUAGUUCGGAAGAGGAUUCCACAGACAGUCAAAGUUCUGAUUCAUCUGGUUCAGAGUCUGAAGAUUCAG